AAAGCAACGUUCCCUUUAUCAUUACCCAACAAACCAGAUAUCUCUCUCUCUCUCUCUCCAGAAAUUUAUCAGAAAAAUCUAAAGGAGAGGGUAUAAUUGUAAAUUACAAGGUAUGGGAAACGCAGUGAGGUUUUUGAUUGGUGAAUGCUUUUCCAAGCCAACAACCGGUGGUGGUGGUGGUGGUAAUUGGGUGAAUCAACAGCAAGCACAGGGGUAUCAACAGCAAGCACAGGGGUAUCAACAGCAAUCACAUGGCUACCACGGCGUUUCUCCGACCUCCGCCGGUGUCUCAGCCCUCGGUCGUGAUAUCCAUCACUUUGAAAUGACUUCCCAGGUACCUGAAGGUUUGAGUAAGCAUGUCGUUUCAUCCAAGAAAGCUCAGUCUAACUGGUUUAGCAAACUUUCCGAGGCUUUCCAACAAUCAAACCCUCCUCCAAACUCACCCGAAGAGGUUUCCAGGCUCAUAGUUUACACCUUAAAAAAUCACAAAAAAGCCGAUGUUGAGGGGUUGUUAUCUUAUUAUGGUCUCCCUCUACCUCAUUCCACGGUUGAGGUCACUACUGCUAGCCAAGCUCCGCCAGUUCCCCAUGGACUCAAGUUUGAAUUAAACUCGCUUCCCGUGGAUGCAAAGAGUGUUGCAGAUGGGGAUACGGUUACGGUUUAUGUUAGUACCUUGGAUCCUCGGGAGGCUGCAAAUGUUCCUCGAGAUGUACAUGUGGCAGCAGCAGAACGCGCGAGAGCACGUGCAGAGAGGAAUUACACCAAGGCAGAUGCACUCCACAAGCAAAUUAUAAGUGCUGGAUAUCGAAUGAUUGAUAACCAAAACAACGAAAUUCUAGCCCGCAAGUAUCGUAUAAGACUAAGGGGAAUCGAUGCUCCAGAAAGUGCUAUGCCAUAUGGGAAAGAGGCAAAAGAAGAACUUAGCAAGAUGGUUCUGGGAAAGUGUUUGAAAGUUUAUAUCUUUGAUGAAGAUCGUUAUGGUCGUUGUGUUGGUGAUAUUUACUGCAAUGGAGUUUUUGUUCAGGAAAUGAUGUUGAAGAAAGGACUUGUGUGGCACUACACAGCUUAUGACAAACGACCCGAAUUAGAAAAGUGGGAGAAAGAUGCGAGAGCUAAGAGAGUUGGGUUGUGGGCUUCAGCACAUCCUGAAAAACCAUGGGAAUGGAGAAAGAAUCGUCGUGACAAUAAAUAGUUUAUUGUAAACAGAGCAAAAUAAAAUAACAAUUUAUAUAUUUCUGAUGAGAAAAUGAGAACAAUGAAUUCCAUAGAACGUUUAUACAGAAAAUUAUAGUACUAAUUUUUACAAGAAAUGUAGAUUGUACGUAACAGAAGUGUGCAUACAAAGACUUGUAUUAAAGUAUAUGUUAUAAUGUGCAAAACAUGUAUCAAGGUAUAUGUUAUUAUGUGAUUGUAA